AUUGCUUUUGUAUUUUGGUUUUUUCCAUCUCGUGAUGUGGGAGAUAGAGAUAGGUGUCAUUGAUGCAUCCCUCGUUCUUUUUCUUUUUGAUAUCUCCUCCAGCGAAAGGUCAUAGGUGUCCUGAAGAUGCGGAUAAGAGGUACAACAACAUGUCAAAACUGUACUGCGACAAGCUGUGGGCUCUCGACUGGGUCGGAGUGCCCGGCGAGCCCGGGUGCGGUGCUGCUGUAUUCUUGACGGAGGACGAAGGGACGACCUGGUAUUGUUGUGGUGGCAUCAUCAGGUCUGAAGUUGACAAGGCCAUGGCGGAGAAGGGUAAGGUCGACGACCGAGAUUUGAGGAAAUUCUUCCUCACUUCGGUGUACGAUGAGCAGGGUACGAACUGGGUCAAGACUGACCACAAGGUCAGUUUUGACAUUGCUCUGUUCAAGGGGUAUGGUCAGAAGGCAUUCGGUAUGAAAGCCUUCAGCAGCAAGCGGGACGGGAAUGCUUCGAGGAUGCUCUUACCCAUUAAAUUCCUCACCAAGACCAAUGGGUAUAGGAGAAGUGGUCACUACCCGACGGUCUCCGCUGGUUACCAGCUCUCGUUGCCUCUUGUGCCGUUCGACGCUCCAGGAAAAAGUCUCGCAGGCUUGUCAGCGUGCUCUAGCGAUCGGCGGCAGGAUGUCUCGACUCCGCAACCAUCUGUGUCCGCGAAGGAGAAACUCAUUACUUACCAGAGGCGUCCGAGCGAGCGGGAGGAUAGUAGAGGUGACGAAGCCUGGGCGAGGGGCGAUGGAGAAGACGAUGAGAAUGAAGGAGAAAAUGGUGGUGGGCAGGACCACAUGGAUUGCGAAAAGGCAGCGGCAAGCGGCGGGGUGCUCGGUGGUAAUGUGGGUGGUUCGGAGAUGGAAGACGAGGAGAUGGAAGAUGAGGAAAUGGAAGACGAGGAAAUGAAAGACGAAGGACAGGAUGUCGAUGUUUCCGCGGAGCUUACUUCGAAGGGGAGGGGAAAAUGCACAGCGGAAUCGUCGCCGAAGCGAGCCGCGCCUAAGAAGCAGGCUCGAAGAAAAGCUGUGCAGGACGCUCGGCUCGCCUUGGAUGCAGCUGCUGGUAUGCCUGGUGAAGCCGGUGUGGAAUCCAAAUCCAAAGCUCGGGUUCGCAAAACGUCGCAACCCAGGAAGCCUGUGCGGCCGUCGAGGCACCCGAAAUCGGAUGACUCGAGCGACGAUGCUGAAGGGGUGCCCCUCAUUCUUCCGAUUCCGGUGGGAGAGAUCACCUUCAACCAGCGAGCGCUGAACCCGGCCAUCGUCGCAGGCAUCGAAGUGGCAAUCGAAGCAUCAACUCGCCCACAGUCCGUGGAUGAUCCGGCUCCGUGGGAUCCACCGGAGUUGGUGCUGGCUCCGAUUAAUCCAUUAAAGGACGCGGACGAACAAGGAACCCGCGUCCUUCCAGAGGAUUUCGACCCCGAACGGGCAGAUGAGUUUUUCUAUUACCCGGUUGCCGGUCAACAUUCUUCCGAAGCUAUGAAAAGAGCGGUGGCGAAGAACUCUGCAGCGAUGGAGGUGUUCGGCUUUCGGAAUUAUGAUCGUGUACGGAUCAUUUAUUUUGACGAUGACCAUACGAACGGGUACCAUUAUGUUUCCACAUGUGACAACACGCGAGGUGACCGUGCUAUGUUGCCAUCAUUCCACCAAGCCUGCGUGGACAUCAGAGGAUUUUGGGACAGCAAGAAACGGAUCGGGCCUGUGGGGAACGUGUCCAAAAGGGAUCCCAAAGGCUUGGAGCACCAGAAAACAUGGAGGGAAUUUUUGAGGUCGUGCAUGGGGAAGUCGUGUGAGAAAGCAUUGUGGACCGAGUGUAUCUCUGGGAAGUGGCAGCAGGCCUGGACGAACAGAAUGAGGGGGUACAUGAAUGUCGCCAUAUCCAAGGACCCGGAAAGAUACAUGAUGCGUCUGUUCAACUACAUCGUCUUCAAAUCGGAAAACAAAGAGGGGAAAGAAUGGAAGGACGGGAACUUCAUCGACUACGAAGGGUUGGAGAAAAGGUUCAGUGUGAAGGCAGCCGAAUGGGAUGAGGAGAGGGAUAGAAUCCCUUUGGAAUAUGUCAGGAGGGUUCCUAAGAGACUCGGCGGAGAGCAAGAGGAAAAAGGCCUGAAAGGAGCUGGUCUGAAGGCCACCGCGGCGUUGUAUAGGGACGCACCUUUCCACUUCAAGUACUUCGUGUACCAUGCGAUUGGGAGAGUGGACUUGCUGACAGCAGAGUUGAGGCGGUUUAAGAACACUGCCCUUAAUCUUAGCUGGGAGAAGAAACAGCGACGGUCGACAUUGCUACCAGUCAACAUGCAACCGAAGGAGUUGCUGCCUGCAGGCGAUAAAAUUGUGAUUGCGGCCACAAACUUGAAUUGCAAGGCGGCCAUCCUCGAUCUCGCCAACCCGAAGAACUGCCUUGUAUGGACGCCAGCCGAUUUCGAUGCUCUGCGCAAAAUGAUGACGAAAUUGUGCGGUAAUAAUUGGAUUCUGAUUGUAUUUGCUCCGCAAAAACAGCACAAGACCGUCAUGAAGCAACUUUACAACUGGGACGAUGCAGAGGUGCUACUCGGGACUUGGAAGCGUUAUUUAGCGUUCGGAACGGCUGUCAACAAGUAUGGAAACUGGCAAGUCGAUUAUAAGGACACGAUGGCAGUCGUCCUGCAUGCUGAGGGAGGCGACCUCAGGAAGGAAGCGUAUAGUGGCUACCAUAAAGCGCAAGUGGGGUCGUUUGCGAUGUUCGUAGCAAGAUGCGAACGAAUGACGUUUGGAGGAAAUCAGGCAAUGCUGACGUACGAUGGAUACAGCAAGAUUGCCAAAGAAUAUGAUGCGUGGAAUCCGAUCGAGAGCGGUGAGGAGACUGAAACCUCAGACCUCGAAAUCGAGGAGCAAGUGAAACGUGUGCGGGAGGGAAUGGAAAGCGUGCCUGCAUGCAACGCGCCAAGCCUCCAGGAAAAAGAAGUUCGCACGAAAUCGGCGGGUGCGAGCAGUCCAACGCGUGACGUGACCGACAGGGCGAGUUCCAUUGAACACAUGCAAACGGAUUCGCUUACGCCAAUUCAAGCACUAGAGAAUGUACUGAUUCAUGGCAAUCGUCAAGGGUUCCAGGAAAAGUCUCAAUCUCGAGGAAACCCGGUUAACGAAAUGCGGCCAGACGAUGACGAGGAUGACUUUGCAGUUCCAAAUGCCCUCCCGAAGCUGAUGCCCAGUGAUGAUAUCCCUGAUAGCAUUGCGCAGGCCAGUGAACAGCCGUACUUCAUUUCAGACAAGGUGCCAGAAACGACGUCUGACAAGUGGGAGCAUCACAUUUUGUGGCAUAUGGACCUAUUCGAGCCAUGCAUUGUACAGGGGAAGUGGAUGAUGGCAGUCCAUCUAACAAAAGGAUGGAAAGUCAGAGCCAGACUGGAUGAAGCCUCGUGGCUGAAAUUGACGAAGAGCGAAAUCGUAUUUCGUGUUAGGAAAGAAAAUGACGGAGCGGACGAAGCAGCUAUUGAGGAAAAGGCUCGAUUGCUAUUCGAAUGUCUUCACUCAAAAAACCGACUGGAAUAUAAACACGGAUUCUAUGACUUGGAGUGAAGUCGGUUAUACAAGAGCAUCAACUGGAAGAUCGAUCUUCCAAGCUGGCCAUGGCGUUGAGACAAUCCGGUUCGGAUGCUCACAGAUUGAGGGGGAGUCGAACACGCAGUUUGCAACGAGUGUUGGGGAAGCGUUGAGUCAGACAAUCAGCAAGAUAAUGGAGGCGACCGAGGUUCCACGGAAUGUCGACAAAGUGGCAUCGAACGUUACAUCGUACGGACCUCCUCUAAUAACGCAGGCGGAAAACGAGUGUGCAUCGCAGAUGGCGAGCCCCACUCCUUCCGGGAGUGGGGCUGUUGCAAAUGAAAUGCAACAAGGUGG